AGUUAGAUUUCAGCAAGUUCAGAACUUAUUGUAAAUAGUGUACAAAAAAAGGCCCACCAAUGUCUGAACAAACUAGCACAAUUCCAACCUCCUUCGGAGACUUGAACAAAGGAGUGUCCACAUUGCCAAGCAACACUGUUCAAGAAACCACUGGUCCUUUGAACCCUUUUUACCAAUAUAUAAAUGAUGUGUACACCACUAUUGGCGAACACAGGAAAUCAUUGGGUUUGGUCAACCCUGGUACCAUCGAAAACAUAAACAAGGAAGUCAGUCGUGAUGUUUUCUUGAACCAAUAUUUUUUCACCGGUUUAAGAGCUGACUUAAACAAGGCUUUCUCCAUGUUCCCCGUUUUCCAGACUUCUCAUACAUUAUCCAUGGGUUCUCAAGUCUUACCAGCCUAUGCUUUCUCCGCCUUGUACUAUGGGGAAAAGACCUUCAUGCAAGGUAAUAUCGAUAACGAUUUAUCUUUCAGUGGUAGAAUCAACUAUGGUUGGAAUGCCAAUAACGUUUCCAAAUUGACAUUGCAAUUAGCCAAUGGUCAACCAGCUAUGGUUCAAUUGGAACAAGAUUACCAAGCUGGUGAUUUCUCGGUUAACUUCAAGACUUUGAACCCUUCUUUCUUGAACGAUGGAUUCACUGGUUUGGCCGUUGCUUCUUUAUUACAGUCGUUGUCUAAGAAAUUAUCGGUGGGUGUUGAGUCUAGUUAUACUAAACAGCCGGGUGCUCCAGUCCCCGAAAGUGCCAUUUCUUACUACGCCAGAUACAACAAUGGUAACUGGAUCUUUUCUGGUCAAUUGUUGGCCCAAGGUGCUCUUAUUGCUAGUUUCUGGAGAAAGGUCACCGACAAGGUUGAAGCCGGUGUGGAAACCCAAGUGUCUGCUACCAUGAGACCAAUCACCGACAACUUCAGCGGAACUCCAAUUGGUAUGGAACCAGUUAUCGAAGGUCAAACUACUGUUGGUGCCAAAUACGAGUACAGACAAUCUGUUUACAGAGGUCAAAUAGACUCCACUGGUAAAGUUGGCGUGUUUAUGGAGAAGAGAGUGUUGCCAACCAUUGCCCUUUUGUUCUCUGGUGAAAUCGACCACGCUAAAAACAAUUCCAGAAUCGGAGUUGGUUUGCAAUUCGAAUCUGCUGGUAAUGAACAAAUAAUGAUGAUGCAACAAGGCUUGGUUGACGCCAAUGGUAACCCAGUUCCAGGUGCUCCUCAAGUUGCUUAAAUAAGGAAAUAAACUUUCAUUAGAUUAUUACAUUGUACAUAUACAUUCCGCCCUUCAUCACUUCAUUAUAUUUAUGUCUUGUAUGAGUAAAUUACCAGCCGAACAAUCGAGAAGCAAAUCCUUUGCUUCUUGGCCCUGGUUCGGCGGUGGAUGCUUUUUUUUUGCUGAGAAUCUUAUAAACAUCAUCUGAGUUCAAAUAAAUGUUUUCCUUAAUAGGUUGUUUGGUGCUAGGAUUGUAGUUAAGACUGGUGCUCGGAGCCAAUUUUUGAUCACCGUAUCUGGUAUUUACAUAGUCAUUUCUUACGGAGCCAGUGGAUGUCUUCAACGUUCUUGACUGUUCAAUGGUGGGUAAUCUUUGAGAUGACCUGACCGACCUCAA